AUGUCUUACAAUCUCACCGGCAAGAACAUACGCACCGACCAAGGCGCCCGUCGUCCCUAUCGCGCUGAACGGGGACGAGCAAUGCGCCGCAUCGCCCCAGCAGAACCACCCGGCCCUUCGACCACAUGUCUGCACGAAUCUGCACCACCUCCUGACGGUAGAAAAUCUCCGUUGCAUGCAAUCCCUCCAAGAACCGCGUCGUCUGCCACCCAGAAUCGUGAAACCGCCUCGCCCAGAAUGCCUUCUGCGCCUCCACCGGCCGCCGAUGGAUCUCCGCCGUCUCCGCCGUCUCUUCUCGGAGAGAAUGAGAUACACCUGCGAUUCCGUCUCGCUAUGCUAGGGGUCCGGUGGCGCGUGGACGGGUGGCUGCGGCUGCGGUUGCGGUGGCAGCAUCGCCCGUCGGAGGCGCGAACUCUGCCCGUCCGCGCCCACCAGCAGGUCGAAGGUCGCGAUGAGGUGGUCGAGGUGCUCCUCGCGUAUAGCGCCGAGGUAUCGCCGGCGCAAGCACAGAAAUAUUCUCUGAAGCCCUUCCUUCAGGCUGUUGUCAAGGGCUCAGAGAGCAUGGUCUCUCUGUUCCUGCUUGCUGGAGCAAAUCCCAACGAGCAAGAUCAAAGAGCUCGGUAUGGUGACUCCACCAUUUCUCCGGCGUUAACGUAUGCCAUUCCACUCGAGCGCAUCCUUCGCCGCCUGCUUGCCGCGGCGGCUGACCCCACCGCUGUUAACGACAGCAAUGACUCGGUUAUAUCCCAUGCCCUAGUCUCCGGCCAGACCACUGUCAUCCAGAUACUGAUUGACGAGGGCCUCGACUUCUCGCGUCAUUUGGGUCGCUUCCACCUGUCGCACGCAGCCGUCCGCGGCGGCCGCGCAGUCCUCGAUCUUCUCGUCAACACCGGGAAAUGGGAUUUCUUGCUCUCGCCGGUCCAUGUCGACCCCAUCACCUGCGAAAAAGCGCUCAAGGUUGCGGCCGAGACCGCACAGGUCGAGACCCUGCAGUGGCUGCUGGAUCGAGGCUUCCUGCCAGUACGGCACCCGCUGUUGUUGGCACGUACUGUUAAUCUGCGGAGUCCUGCGGCGCUUACCGAUGCUGCCGAUGAGAAAGCCGCGGCCACUUUGGAUCUUCUUCUCCGGGCCGGUCUGGAUCUCGAUGCGCAAAUCUCCUACGGAACCCCGCUAAUGAAUGUGGGCUCACAUUAUUACGCGUGGGGAGAGCCACAACGAUUCCGCAUGCGCGCGCGGAUGCUGCUCGAUCGCGGUGCCACUUUGUUACCACCGAAAAGCCUUCCGCAGGCGACGCGCUACAGAUAUCCCGCGCGCAAUGCCGUCGGUCACCAUCCGGAACUCAACGUGAUGACCUUUCAGGAGCUAGAGGCACGUUGUGAGCCGUGGUCCGUGGUCGAACAUCUGUUCAGGUCGGCGGAAUAUAAGGCAAGCCUGCGCCACGAUUGGGGCCAUAUACGGGUAGUAAGACAGUACUCGUGGCGAGUUCGAUAUCCUGUUUGA